AUGGCAGGUUCAACUUCGACUUCGACUUUGAGAAAAGUUGUGGCAUUUUCAUUUAUUCUAUCCUAUAUUCUACUGGGUCUACCACUAUGGUAUAAACUUACUACAGUGUAUCGAGCACCACUUCCGGCUGAAUACAUUGAAUCAUUACAUAACAACCAGUUUCAAGAUGUGCAUCUAGUCAUUCCAGUAUAUAUUAAGCCAGAUGUUUAUCAAUUUCCUGAUAUUCACGAUGCAGUUCAAGUUCAAGUUAAUCAUCUAUUAGAUUCAAUGAGGCAAACGAUACCUUGGUCUUUGCAAAUACUACCUUAUGAUGAAAAGGUCAUGGACGAAAAUAAUGAACACCAUAUUGUAAAUUUACAAUUGAGCGAUUUUGUUGGGUAUAAUUCAGCAUUUGAUUCCAAAGAGACCACCGUCUUCUACGAUGAUCAGUCGGUAGUAUCCAACGAUUUACCCUUCUUCAUCGCACAAACUUUAGUGGAACAUACUUUCCAAUUAGAGGCUUCUAAGUUAUCCGGUCCUCUAUCCAAUAAUGAUGAUAGUAUAACGGUUGGAUAUCAUCCAAAUAUUCAUCUAAGUAUAUCACUCUUAAACGGUGAUGGCACUCCCGUUGGAUGGGACAUUGAUAGUUCAUUGAAGGACUAUUUUACACCAUUUAGAAAAUUACUUUCACCUAUUGUUAAUUUUACCGUGGAUUCCUCAGUUCUUUAUUAUAAUGAUCUGAAUUUACACCUCUUAAAUUCAGUAGAGAACAUCACGGCGGUAGAUCUAUCACAUUCGAUAGAUUUAUCUGAAUUAUCAUCAAUGAAUUAUUUUGAAGAAUCUACAGCUUUGAAUCUAGCUAUUGUUUUCCCCAAUUCAGAAACCUCAUCAUCUAGCGGACUUGAAUUCAUAAAAUCGACUGAACCAUCGAAAAAUUGGCAGAGUUUCCUUGUUCCUCAAUGGGGAGUUAUUGUCAUCAAUAAAUACCCAUUACCAUCAAAUGCAUUUUUGACAGAAUCAUACCUAAGUCCUAUAAUGUAUCAAUUUGCUCAAGAUCUUUUCAAAUUGAUGGAUUUAACUGAUUCCAACAGUGACGAAAUGUUAUCGCCAUAUGUGAGGAUAGAUUCAUUCAAAAGAAUUACCACUUUAUCGAAUUUACAAAAGGCCACAGAGACUUUAUGGUCACUUAUUAAGUUGACAAAGUCUUUUGAACAAAUGGCUGUCCCAAGCGAUGUUAUGACCAAUGUCACAAAGGCAUUAUCACUAAGGCUACAGAUUAUUGAAUUGUUGAAUAAUCCAGAAAAGGGUGGAGAUCUAGUUUGGAAUGAAGCGCUAUCUUUGAGUAAUACAUUAGUUAGCUUGUGUGAAACAGCUUUCUUUCAUGGUGAAAUGGUUCAGCAGAAUUUCUUCCCUCAAGAGCAUAAAGUUGCCGUUUAUCUACCGUUAAUAGGGCCACUCACAGUUGUAACCCUGCUUGGAUUCAUCAACAUAAUGAAGGAGAAGAAAGUUUUGGCGAAGAUAAAGAAUCAAGAGAAGGAAAAGGAGGAGGAAGAUGUAAAGAAGGUUGACUGA